AUGACCAACGGUAAACAAACCACAACUUUCUCCAUGAGUAUUUUCUUGGUUUUCCUAUGGUUUCUGCAGUAUGUUCAACUCCCUGUUCAUGCAGCAAUUCCGUAUGAGUUUCUCAUACUCAUUCAAUCCUGGCCGCCAGCAUUCUGUGGGAUUAACUUUUGUGCGAGAACUGGUCAUAAGUUUGUUGUCCACGGUGUGUGGCCGUUCAAUCCUGGCCGCCAGCAUUUUGUGGGAUUAACUUUUGUGCGAGAACUGGUCAUAAGUUUGUUGUCCACGAAAAAAGAUGCUGAGUUUCUUGACACUGUGUGGCCGGAUUUGAAAAUCCAUAAAGAGAGCGCAUCAAAUGUCCAAACCUUGUGGGAACACGAAUGGCAAAGUCAUGGCACGAUGUAUCCUGAAUUUUCCCAAGGUGAGUACUUUAACUUUGGGAAAAUCCGCCAUGGAGCCCACGACUUCAGGGUUAUACUCCAACUGGCCCAAAUCACCCCAGGCAACGAUUAUAUGCCAGAAAUUAUUCUAGCCACAUUGAGGACUGCCACCGGUUUCAUUUCGAUUAUAAGGUGCAGCAUCAGAGACCCGCGCUUCAAAAGAGGCUCUCAAACCACAAUUGAGGACGUGACUAACACUUUGCUGCCACUCCCACUUUUCACUCCCUUAAUAUAUGGCAACGGCAAGAUGGGGAGCACCAGCACCAGCACCUGGGCGCUCCCGGCGGUGGCUACGGCCACUCGAGUUGCUCAACAAGCCACAGCCACGUGGCGCGUUGCGAAAGGGCCCUCAAGGACCGAACUCUACCAGAUUGGGACUUGCUUCACCUCGGACGGGGAGCAUAUGAUCGAUUGCCCGACACGGGCCAACGAUGCACUCGCUUGCCCUCCCGGCCGCCUAGUUCAUUACCCGGCUGCGUCUAUGUGA